AUGGGUUUACGGGAAUCUGAUCUAUCCUGGAAGACAGCAAAUUUGCAGCAGCAGCAGCAGAACAUGGAUCCAUCCUUGCUACUCAACAGCAUCAGCACGAGCCCUCGUAUAGUGGUGAUAGGUCUUGAGUUCAGCAGCAGCAGCAGAGACAUGCGGUUGCUUCGAUGGGCUCGCCGUCAUUUGCUGCAGGCAGCAGAUGUUGUUGUCAUUGUCUCUUGUUGGGAACUAGCGAGAGAACCUAAAUACUGUAGAGUGCCAGGGAUGAUCCUUGCUGCAACAUCAGCAGCAGGCGCAUACAACAGGCAGCAGCAGCAGCAGGUGCAGCAGCGCAUGCGGGAGUUAGCACAAUCAGCACUUAAAGGCCUACAUGUCUACUGCCUCGCCGUACCCAUCAGUGAGUCUCCUGUUGUUGUUGCGGCUGCUGCUGCUUGA